AUGUCUGAAUGGAGGUACCUCAGCUGGGUCAGCGUUUUGCUGACCAUCCUCCUAGACCUAACACACGAGGGACCUCAUGGCUCUGCCUCACCAAGCAGCAAGUUGUUGAUGACAAGCUACUCCAUACAUUCCACUGUGGUGUCUCGUUAUGCACACACUUUGGUCACCUCUGUCCUCUUCAAUCCACAUGAUGAAGCCCAUGAAGCCAUCUUUGACCUGAAUCUACCCCGCAUCGCCUUUAUCUCCAAUUUCACAAUGACCAUUGAUGAUAAAAUCUAUGUUGCAGAAAUUAAGGAAAAACAUGAGGCAAAGAAAAUGUAUGAGAAAGCCUAUCAGCAAGGAAAGACAGCUGCUCAUGUGGGUAUCAGGGACCGGGAAUCAGAAAAAUUUCGAAUCUCCACUAGGCUGGCAGCAGGCACAAAGGCAACUUUUGCCCUAGCCUAUGAAGAACUGCUACAGCGACACCAGGGCCAGUACCAGUUGGUGGUAAGCCUGAGGCCUGGACAGUUGGUGAGGAAGCUGAAUGUAGAAAUCACUGUGUCUGAAAGGACAGGCAUCGCCUAUGUGCACAUACCUCCACUGAGGACCAGCCGAAUGUGCACCAACAACCAAACAAGUGAGGGUGACUUGCCCCCAUCCACCAGGAUACAGAGGGGAGAGACCUGCGUCCACAUCACCUUCUCCCCAACACUGCGAGACCAGUCUGCCUUCUCCAGCUCAGGCAUUGUGGCUGACUUCACCGUCUACUAUGAUGUGGUCAUGGAGGACAUCAUUGGAGACGUGCAGGUCUAUGGUGGCUAUUUUAUUCAUUACUUUGCCCCCAGAGGCCUCCAGCCAGUGGAAAAGAAUGUGGUGUUUGUUAUUGACGUGAGCGGUUCCAUGUUUGGAACUAAAUUGCAACAGACUAAAAAGGCCAUGGAUACGAUCCUCAGUGAUCUGCAAGCCAGUGACUCCUUCAACAUCAUUACCUUUUCUGACACAGUUAACAUCUGGAAAGCCGAGGGCUCAAUCCAGGCCACUGUCCAGAAUAUCCGUAGUGCCAAAAACUAUGUGAGUCGCAUGGAAGCGGAUGGCUGGACGGACAUCAAUGCAGCUCUGCUGGCAGCUGCUUCAGUGCUGAACCAUAGCAACCAGGAGCCUGGAAAGGGCCGUGGUGUGGGGCAGAUUCCUCUUAUCAUGUUCCUGACAGAUGGGGAGCCCACAGCCGGUGAGACAACUCCCAGUGUGAUCCUUUCAAACAUCCGUCAGGCACUGGCCCACAGGGUAUCUCUUUUCAGCUUGGCCUUUGGAGACGAUGCUGACUUCUCCCUACUGCAUCGUUUGUCCCUGGAGAACCAGGGAGAAGCAAGACGCAUAUAUGAGGAUACGGAUGCAGCCCUGCAACUAGAGGGUCUCUAUGCAGAGAUUUCCAGGCCUCUCCUGGCAGACGUGCACUUAGACUACCUGGGUGGCUUGGUUGGGGCCUCUUCUAGGGCCCAUUUCCCUAACUAUUUUUGUGGCUCAGAGCUGGUGGUGGCUGGCAAGGUGCAGCCAGGUGAACAGAAACUGGGCAUCCACUUGGCAGCCCGUGGCCCAAAUGGUCAUCUUCUUGUGGCCCACCAUAGUGAAGAAGCCACCAACAGCAGCCAAAAAGCCUUCGGUUGCCCAGGGAAACCUGCCCUCAAUGUGGCCCACUUUAUCCGCCGCUUGUGGGCCUAUGUCACUAUUGGUGAGCUGCUGAAGGCACGCUUCCAAGCCAGGGACACCACAACUCGCCGUCUGCUGGCCGCCAAAGCCCUCAACCUAUCCCUUGAAUACAACUUUGUCACAGCUCUGACUUCACUGGUUGUGGUACACCUCGAGAAGACCAAUGAGGAAGCCAUAACCCAGCCAUCCACCACAGCCAAGACAAGCACAGUCAUACCCUCAUCCAGCAACAGGCUUGGACUAGGAGCAGGCACAGUUCAGCCAGCCUCAAUUCUCAAGGUCUCUUCCAAAUCAAAACCCACAAAACCAACCUCAACUAUUACUGUUCCUACAAUGAAGAUGAUCAGUUCCAAGGAGCUAGAGACACUGGGUCAGUGGUCUGAUAGCGUAACAACUUCAAUACAACCAAAGCCCCAAAUUCCAGCCCAAGAUUCCAGCACCUUGGCACUGCCAACUUUGAAGAUGAAACCUCUUGCCCAUGUGCCUUCAAAUUCUAAUGACCCAUUGCCUCAGAAGCCCAGUACUUCAACACACCAGAACCCUGGCAUCACAUCACAGGUUAAUUCUGGGACACAUAUUCUGACGUUGAAUCCUGGGAGCCCUGCCCAGCCCAAAGGUGGCACCACGAAACAUUUUAAUCCAUUUACUCCUUUCAAUCUCCCUGCUCCAUCAGAUGCCCACUCUACACCAGAUACCCCAUCAUACCUUCAACCUGUAUCACAGGAACCUAUAUCACAGUUACCCCAAAGCCUGCCACAGCCCAAAUCUAUUUCCACAUUUCAAAUACCCAAACACCCAUUACACCUCAAUGUCAAAGAUCUUGCUCCCAAGACUUCCCCAAAUUUACCACACUCUAAACCAGGGAAUGUCUCACCCAAGUCUCCUAAAAUCCCUUCAUCUCAUAAACCUAGUAUCUUAUCUCAACAAACUUCUCCUAGCCUACUACUUUCCAAGUCCAGAACACCAACUCCCUAUAGCACCCAAAUCCCACUGCCUGCCAGACCCAGGCCACUAGUUCCUCAGAGCCUCAGCACAUUCUCAAGUACACUUUCUAGUUCUACAAGUCCCAGCAGCACUGUGGCUACCUCUGUUCCUGGGGAACCUCUCCCUUCUCCCUUUACCUCUCCUCUGACCUCUCUGCUGCCCACUACAAGACGCUGGCACCAGCAAGACCUGCUGCUAGGACCCAAGAGCACCAGUACUCUCCCGGAAGCCAUCAGUCUUCACCUUCUCCCAGAGAAGCUCCAGCUGCUGUCAGAGUCAGUGGAAGAGUCCAAGUUCGUGGAGUCCUUGAACCCACCAGUUUUCUAUACCUUCCUCACACCUGACAAAGAUGGAAGUCCACACUGGCAUGGAAAUUCUGAGAGGAUCCUGGGAGUUGCUGAACAUGACAUGGACUCUGAGGAAAGUUCUAAGGAGCUGGUAACAGGCACAUGGCCAAGCAUCUUCACCUUCUCGUCCUCUGUGGAUGGGGACCCCCACUUUGUGAUUCACAUUCCUCACUCAGAUGAGAAGAUCUGCUUCACAUUGGAUGGGCGCCCAGGCGACCUCCUGAAGCUCAUAGAGGAUCCUAAGGCAGGAUUGCAUGUGAGUGGGCAGUUGCUUGGAGCGCCAUCAAGACCAGGUCAUAAGGACCAGAUCCGGACAUAUUUCCAUAUCAUCACAAUCACUUCAGAUAAGCCCCAGGCCUACACCGUUACAAUAAGUCGAAGUUCUAUAACUGUGCAAGGUGAGAGCACGUUGAGCUUACCCUGGAACCAACCCACCCUGGUGAAGAAGCCCCAGCUGGAGCUCCGUGUGGCUUCUGCAGCCUGUCUCACCCUCCGCCUCGGACCCCACCUCAACUUCCUCAUCCUUCGUCACCAGUACAGACACCCCAGCACACUACAGCUGCCCCAUUUGGGGUUCUAUGUGGUCGAUGGCUCAGGCCUCACCCCCUCAGCCCGUGGCCUGAUGGGACAGUUUCAACACACAGACAUCCGGCUGGUAACAGGACCUGCUGGGUCUUAUUUACAGAAGCCCCAUGGCCUGGACGUGCCAGUGGACCUAGGCAAGCGGCUGCUGAAAGAGUCACCAAGGCUGCUCCCCCGCUGGACUUCAUGCUGGCUGGUGAAGCGCUCUCAUGUGGAGCGGCUGCUGGGUCGGCCCUACCUUGCUUAUGUUCUGUGA